ACAAUAUCAGAAAGUAAACUGAAAGCUUUUGAAGUAGGGACAAUGAAUGUGGGUAAAAAGUCACUGUCCAAGCGAGAGCAAGAGGAGUUACGGAAAAAGCAAGAUGAGAAGGCAACAGCUGAAGUUUACAAGGAGUUUGUGGCAUCAUUUGAUGAUGUUGGGAAAUUGAACAAAACUUGGAUCAAGGGUGGAACUUUUAAUCCAGACAAAAAUUCAAAGGAGAGGGGAGGAGGCGGAGGAAAGGCAAAAGUCUACAAACCCACGUCUAAACUGGCCGAGCUGGCGUCGACUUUCCAGUCUGUGAAGGAGGCCAAGAAACAGGAUGACUACAUGGAUGAUUCUCAGAGACCGCCUGUCCCAGGGAAGAAGAAGACAGAAACAAAGAAAAAGAGUAAUCUGGAAAUCUUCAAGGAAGAGCUUAAGCAAAUGCAGCAGGAGAGGGAACAGCGGCACAAGAUGAAGAAGAGGAACCAGCAGCCCCCCGACCCAGGGAUCAUUCCUCCCCCCAUAGAGGAGCCUGCCCGGAUCUCCAAGUUCGAACCCAUCCCUACAGAUAUCAACCUUGCAGAUUUAAAGCUUGGGCCCUAUGAUCCAGCAGAUGAAACAACGACGAACAUUUAUGUUGGAAAUAUUAACCCUAAGAUGACAGAGCAGCAGUUAUGUGAAAUCUUUGGUCGAUUUGGUCCCCUGGCUAGUGUCAAGAUCAUGUGGCCGCGGACUGAUGAAGAGAGGAGCAGGGGGCGUAACUGUGGAUUUGUGGCCUACAUGAACAGAAGGGAUGGAGAGAGAGCACUGAAUUCACUCAAAGGCAAAGAUAUAAUGCAGUAUGAGAUGAAGUUGGGCUGGGGUAAGGCUGUUCCUAUACCCCCUCAUCCUGUCUACAUCCCCCCAGCUCUGGCAGAAAUGACGCAACCUCCCCCUCCCUCAGGACUUCCAUUCAAUGCACAGCCGCGGGGCAGAGAUCGCAACAGAAAGGGCUACGGAAAAGUCCCUCCCCUCUCAGGCCGGGACGAAGAGGGGGGUGGAGAUAAGAGUUUAUCCAACGCUGUUGUCAAGGUGGUUAUCCCAACAGAAAGAAACCUGCUGAUUUUAAUUCACCGCAUGAUCGAGUUUGUGGUGCGUGAAGGGCCUAUGUUUGAAGCCAUGAUUAUGAACAGAGAACUGAAGAACCCACAGUACAGAUUCUUGUUUGACAACAUGAGCCCUGCCCAUACCUACUAUAGAUGGAAGUUAUUCAGCAUCCUACAGGGGGAUUCCCCUUACAAGUGGCGGACUGAGGAGCUCCGAAUGUUUAAAGGAGGUUCACUGUGGAAACCCCCUCCUAUGAACCCUUACACACAAGGCAUGCCUGAGGAACUGGUGAGGGAAGAUGUCGUGGAUAAAGUGGUGGAGCAUCAGGCACCACCUGGCCCCAAGAAGGGACAACUCACAGAUAGUCAAAGAGAUCGACUGGAAGACAUGCUGCGUGAGUUGACUCCAGAAAGAACAAAGGUUGGAGAUGCGAUGGUGUGGUGUUUGGACCAUGCCGAGUCAGCGGAGGAAAUUGUAGAAUGUAUCACAGAGUCCCUGUCUAUUCUACAAACACCAAUACCAAAAAAGAUUGCUAGGUUAUUUUUAGUGUCAGAUAUCCUUUUCAACAGCAGUGCCAAAGUACCAAAUGCCUCUUUCUUUAGGAGAUGCUUUCAGCAUAAAUUACUAGAUAUAUUCAAAGAUGUCCAUGAAACCUACGCUGGAAUUGAUGGACGUCUGAAAGCAGAACAGUUCAAGGUACGGGAAAGUUCGCAUGAACAUUUUUUGUAGUGUACGCGAGCACACAGUUGAAGCCAAUUU